AUGGCCCACGCAAAGACGACAUCGCUUUUGGCACUCGCCGUCUUCUUGGCUUCCUCCCAGGCCCAGGCUUAUGGCCGCUUCCAACGGGCCGAACACCAUAAAAACCAGGGCCGCCAGGAUGUUUCCGGAACAGCACAGAGCUGCCCGCCUCCCGUGACCAUCACAGAACCUCCAGUGACGGUCACAGAGACCUCUAUCCCUCCCACAACGGCGUUCCCAUCCAGCCCUCCAGGAGGGGGCAGCAACACCAUCGUGACCGUCACCGAGACGGUAACCAUCCCUGGGACAACCUUCACCGUUCCAGGUAUCACAGUGACCGUCCCAGGGACUACCGUCACCGUCCCGGGGACCACAGUCUUCGUGACAGAGACACUGCCCCCAGUUACCCUGAGCCAAGUGCCCACCCCGGAGCCGUCCUUCCCCUCAUAUGGCCUGUCCGAGCCGCCGCCCCCGGCCACCGCCUCUCCCUCGCCCCCAUCACCACCCGAGGAAACCACCAUCACAGUCGAGGUGCCGCCGCCCACAGGAACACCAGCCACGCCAGGGACGCCACCCAGCGGCGAGACAACCAUCACCGUCGAGGUCCCGCCGCCGCCCACGGGCACGCCCACGCCGGGGAUCCCCACGCCAGUCGCCCCAGGCGGCCACCACGGCAACGACACCAGGACCACCAACACGCCCACGCCCACGCCCACGCCAGGCUCGCCCUACGGCAACGACACCACCACCACGGUCGUCGUCCCCGAGACCCCCACCCCCCCGGGCACCGGCAGCGAUACCCUCACCGUCACCGUCGAGGUCCCCCCGCCCACAACAACACCCACCGCCCCCGACACCACAGCCACGCCCGGCCUCCCUGGCACCACCCCGACGGUCUGCGCCGUCAGGACUGAGACAGUCGUCGACACGGUGACCCUCACCAUCGGCACGGACAGCAGCACCCCAGGAGGAGCGGGGGCCACGACCGUCCUGCCGCUGCCGCCGCCGCCCACCCUGACGACCGUCACCGUCCGCACCACGGCCGUGGUGAGCGUUACUAGCAGCCGCCCCGGGUACGGCGGGGAUGAGACUCAGUAA